UCCCUUCAGUCUGGCACAGGUGUACCGACUCCUCCCCUCCAGUCUUGCACAGGUGUACCGGCUCCUCCCCUUCAGUCUUACACAGGUGUACUGGCUCCUCCCCUUCAGUCUUGCACAGGUGUAGCGGCUCCUCCCCUUCAGUCUUGCACAGGCGUACCGGCUCCUCCCCUUCAGUCUUGCACAGGCGUACCGGCUCCUCCCCUUCAGUCUUGCACAGGCGUAUCGGCUCCUCCCCUUCAGUCUUGCACAGGCGUACCGGCUCCUCCC